AUGCCCAGCGAAAAUGAGCCUUUUGAAGAACAGGAGCUUAUGGAGGAAGAACCGGAACCAGAGCUGGAGCCAGAACCCGUUGCAGAGGGACAACCCGAAGAAGAUGAAGAGGAUGAGGAGGAAGAAGAAGGACGUCCCGGACUUCCAAAGGCUCCAGAGGUCCCCGAGAUUCCCACUCAAGAUUUUGAAGAGUCGGAGGCCCCCGUCACGGAAAUUGAAGACUCUGAACCGGUGGAUCCUGCGGAGGCAGCCCCUGAGAUUCCAGAGCAAAAGGUAGAGACUCAGAAUAUUCACGAGCUUCUAGGAGAAUUACAGACGUAUGACAUAAAACCUGUCAACAUACGCAAAAUUACUUCUUCAGCGACAUACGACAACUACUUUAGUAGACCAACACCUUCAGACGCUGACACUGGUUUGGCUUCCUCCCGCAUGAUAGCCUCUAUGAAUGAAGCAGCCCGGGCAAGGCUUCAAGCGGAAGUCAAAGCUAAGUUGGAGAAAGAAAGAAAGGCAAAAUCAGAGAGAAUUAAAGGUCUAUUAAGGGCAUAUGCACCAGACGAGCCUGAGCCCGAACCUGAACCAGAGCCGGAAGACUUUGUAUCCGACCUCGAACUAGGACUCGAUUUCUCUAGCAUUGGAUGCCCCUUGCAAGGUGCUGAAAGAGAGGCUCACGCACUGAGGAUAGCUGAUGAUAUUUACUAUGCACCCGUAGGAACAUCUGUACAUAAAGCACUUUAUGGAGGCACAGAUGAAGUUGAAGAGGAAGUUGAGGAAGAGGUUGCUGAAGUUACACCCCUAAGCGCUGAGCCUAUCGUAAAGGAGAAGAAACCACAACUUCCAAGAGUAUCCGCAAAUUUUGCAUUUAGAUGUGAUUUAGUAUCAGAAUUCUUCAAUCUAGAAAAGCAAAUGGGUUCUGGAAUGACACACUACUUUGUCGGACCAAAAGAGGGGUAUAGAUGGUACAGGGCCUCUUUUGGGGAAAGUAACCUCUGGAGAGCAAAAUUUAAGAGUGAAAAAUGUUUGUAUGCCAGAAUAACCUUUUCUGGAGAUAAUGAUAUACCAGAUGUUAUUCGCCUGUAUCUCGUUAUGGACCGCGAGCUCGUUCUCCACGUAUUUAAAUAUGUUGAUGGACAGUGGAAAGUGGAACAGAAAGAGCAUAUGGAUGGUUUACAGUUUGAUGAGAUUGACACAACAACAGACUAUAUAGAGGAUCCGGAGUAUCAGGACGAAGAACCAGAGCUCGAUGAUUUACUACUUAAUAAAGGCAGAGAUUACCCUAUAAUUGAACAGCAUUUGACUGAAAACAUAGUCGAAGAUGACGGUACACACACCAUAUCUAGGGUAACGAGUGACGAUAGAGACAAUUUAAUCGCCAGUUUCUUGUUUAGUAACUAG